GGUGUAGCCAGAAAUGUGCGUAUCAAAGGCUACUACUACAUGAAGAGUGUGCAGAGGCGCCGAGGAAGAUCAGACACGCGAUGCACCCUCAACACACUCACUCAACAACAAAACUUUGAAGAUGUGUUAGUGUGGUUGCAGUGUUCAAUCUGCCAAAGGUCUGUCUGGGGAAUUUUCUACGAAUGUACGAGCGCAGAAUGUACGUUUGUGAUGCAUAUCAGAUGCGCGCAGGGCAGCGACAUGAUGUAUCCAGCCGAAGGUGACAAGCGCACCAUACACCAUCCGAGUCACCCUGAGCAUCAACUGUUAUUUCUGAGGAGAAGGUGUUCAUUCAAGUGCGAUGCUUGUGGCACCACAGGCGCCAAGGGGAGUUCCUACACAUGCACCAAUGAUGCUUGUGAGUAUUGGAUCCAUGAGAGAUGUGCUUCCUUGCCUUCAACCUUCAAAAGGGAAGACCACCAUCACUCCCUCUCUCUCUCUUUUCAUGUCCCUUCUCAAUAUCUCAGAUAUGACUACCGUUGUGAUGUCUGCAGAAAAAGAUUAGUAACCAAACAUUGGGUGUAUCAUUGUGAGCUUUGCAGCUACGUUGUCCAUCUCACCUGCGCCUUCGACAAAUCGCUCCUCACUACUAGAGAGAAAGGGAUUAUGGAGUUUCCAAUAAAUGUUGUGGCUGUGGGUGAGGACCUAAUUGGAGCUUUUCUAAGGAGACAAGGAGUUGAUACAAAUUCACUCAUCCUUGAUCAUCAAGAUGAUGUUGAUUAUGAGUUCCAUCAUCAUAAACUCAGAUUAGUCUCAUCAUCAUCAUCAUCGUUUCAUGAAGAAGAAGAAGAAGAAAAUGGUGAUGAUGAUGAUGACGAGGAAGACUACUCUUGUAGAAAAUCGGAGUUAAUAUGUGAUGGGUGCAUUACUCCGAUACAUGUGAAACAAGCAUCAUCUUAUUCUUCGUCUUCUUCAAGUACUCCUACUAAAGAUUACUGCUACUACAUGAGAUGCAGCAUGAGAUCAUGUAAAUACUGUCUUCAUUUGGCGUGCUUCCUCUUGCCAACUAAGCUCACUUCUCUUCCUCUUCUCCGCAAACAUGAUCACAGCUUUCUCCUUCAAUCCGGUGACAAACUUAAAUCAUGGGAUGGGUCGGUUUGCAGCGUCUGCCGUAGAUAUACGAAUGGUCUGUUUUAUGUCUGUACAGAAUGCGAUGAGUUCAUAUUAGACAUAAAGUGCGUUUCAAUGCCGGACACAAUGUAUCACGUAGCUCACCCUCCACACCCCCUCAACCUUCUAUGGAAAGAAGAUACUGAGAUACGAGCUUUCGAUUUAUGUGAUGGCUGUAAUGAUGUCGUCCGGGAUUAUGAUUAUAGGUAUGCAUGCGGCAGCUGUGAUUUCACCGUGCACUUUCAAUGCGCAGUGCUACCGGCAUCAACCACCAGCCUUAAAUGGGACAAGCACCACCCGCUGCCUUUGAUGAACGAUGCCACUCUAAACCGUCCCGGUGAUUUCUACUGCAAUCAAUGCGAGAAACAAAUGAAUCCUAAAAGGUGGAUGUAUCACUGCCGCAGCUGCGAUAUAUCCUUCCAUCCGCACUGCUCUCCAACUACAACCGGAUACCAUAGAAACAUCAAGUUUGGUCAAAAGUAUGUGAUCCCCACAGCUCACUGCCACACACUCACCUUUCAAACUCUCACUACAAAACGCUGCUGCGACGUUUGUGGUCAGGAUAGGCAUGAGGAUAUUGGAUUUCACUGUGCAUCAUGCGUCUUCUUCAUUUGUUUCGACACCUGCGCUACAAAAAUGAUCAGAGAUGGCAAUGUUGAGGCCGUCGAUUGACAUGUUUACCUUUUUCUUCUUGUAUACUACUCCCUCCUUCCCAUUUAAAAUGCAAGAUUUGUGAACCGGCACGGGAUUUUAUGUAGUGUUGUUUUGUGAGUUGAUGAAGAGAGAGUAAAGUAAGAGAAACGUUUCAUUUUAAAUGGGACAACCAAAAAAGGAAAACGUUUCAUUUUUAAUGGAACAGAGGGAGUACUACUUUGUGUUUCUAGUCUUACCGUAUUUGUUUGUGUGUGUUAUUUCUCUGUUGUGUUUACUUGUGAU